AUGCCUUCGGUGGGAAUGAGAUGGAGUACGGGGGUGUUCGGGACGGUCUUGCAGUCAGGAAGGAGGGUGUGGAGGGGACUCGUAGAGGGCGGGAAAUACAUAAGAACGAUCAAUGGGGAUAAUGAGUGGAUUGAACUUGCGGACAAUUCCGGGGACGGUAGAGGGGAUGCCGGUAGCCCUGGCAAGGGAAGCACAUGGGAUGAAAAUGAAAACGAUCUCCCCAUGAAAAUGGUUACAGAAAGCAAAUUAGAAACUUGGGAGGUUGAGGGCGCGGUGGAGGCAAGAAAUGAGGACAGAAUGUAUGGAAUUGUGUAUAGUAGAAAAAGAAAGAGGAUGGAGUCAAAAAGUACUUGCAUUUCAGAGGAUAUGAGGUUUGGCAAGAAGUUUGUGAGGAAAAAGUGGAGGAAGAAACUUGAAUCAUGUGGUGAAUUACAAGAUUAUGAUACCAGGUGUCGAGAACUUGCUCUUGUCGCUGCUGAGCCUUCUGGUGAUAGUGGUCAUUGGAUGGCUUGGUUCUUGAACUCUGUAUUGAGGUACCUACGGAGGUUUGAGUUUGGUUUACAGAGUCUCUCUGUAUUUGUAUUCUCGGAGCCCAUUUCCCAUGCUUUUUCUUUACAUGGUAUUCAAUUUUUGAAGCACCCUGCUUCAUUCGAAAAACCUGGAUUUUGCAUAAUUUCGGAAUCCAGUUCUUCGAUACCGGUGUUUGCAGUGGAUUAUUCUGCAGUUCCAUUUUCUUUUAUGCUUUUGCAUUCAAGUAUGCAUCUUAGAUCUGCACGUAUGGCCAUUAUUGUGAUGCAUCCUUUUGUUGCAAAUUGGAAGGUUAAGAAAAUGAAAGAUUAUGAUGAGGAACACUCCUCUGACAUUCCUUCUGGGACAGAUCAAUCCAAUUGCACCAUGGUGUCAUCCGAGAUUGAUGAUUCUGGGUGGAGUGAGUUGUCACAUUCAACCGUUGGAUUGUCUAAAUUGCCUGUUCAAAAUAAUCAAUUAAGAACCGGCCACGGUAUUCAGAAACCGAGGACUUCUCUUAGGCGUAGGAGAGGUAGGCCUCCUUCAGUUUUCCAUGCACAGAGAGGUAGACGUGAUGGUUUACAAUCCUCAAUUACACCAACCGGCCAUCUACUUCAGAGUUCUAUAAAGGGCAGUUCCACCAUAAAUAUCAAAACCUUAAAUUCUAUUCUUGUGGGGUCAACACCAGAAGAUAUAGAUGCUAAUAGUUGUAUUGCUAACAUAUUAGUUGUUGAAAUGGACAAAUGUUAUAGGGAAGAAGGAGCCAUCAUUACAUUAGAAGUAUCUGCUUCAAAAAACUGGUUUCUUGCAGUUAAGAAGGACGGAAUAGAACGAUAUAACCUCAGUGCUCUAAAAGAUAUGAGCUCAUCUAGUUUCGAUCAUGUAACUCAUUCCAUAAUAUGGAGUGGGGAUAGUAAUUGGAAGCUCGAAUUUCCUUGUAAACAAGAUUGGUUGAUUUUCAAGGAAUUAUACAAGAAAUGCUACAAUCACAAUGUACAGGUGCCCGCAACAAUUAUCAUUCCCGUUCCUGGGGUACGUGAGGUAGUGGACCCUCCAUAUACGGACAUCCCAUAUGUCAGACCUGAUUCAUACAUCACUGUAAAAGAUGAUGAACUAGCCAGGGCUUUGGAAAAGAGAACUGCCAAUUAUGACAUGGAUUUCGAGGACGAGGAGUGGCUGAACAAGUUCAAUAAUAAAUUCAAUGUAGAAAAGGAGCUUCAUCAGCUUGUCGCGCCUGAGAGAUUUGAGUUGAUAAUUGAUGCACUUGAAAGAGGUUUUCACAGUAAUGCAGAUGAUUGGUCUGAUGAGAAAGUGGCUGAUAGUGUAGGAAGGGAUCUUGAAAGAAAGGAAGUUAUGGAGGCUGUGCGUAGUUAUUGGAUUCAAAAGCGAAGGCGAAAACAUUCAGCAUUAGUAAGGAUUUUCCAGAUUUACAAGCCUAGAAGAGCUAAAGUGAUCCCAAAGACUGUUUUGCGGAAGAAAAGAUCAUUCAAACGACAUGGAACUCAGCCUGGGAGAGGCAAACCACCACCUUUCUUGCAAGCAACUGCUGCCGAACAAGAUGCUUUGGAGCAACAGAAAAACUUCUUAAAAGUGCAAGAAGCUAAAGCUGAAGCAAACAGAUUCGAAGAGUUUGCUAUUCUGAAACGCCAACGAGCCCAGAAACUCACUGAAAAUGCUGACUUGGCGACUUACAAGUCCAUGAUGGCACUUAGAAUUGCUGAGAACUGCCAGUAA